AUGACAAAUAAAAAAAAUGCUGGAAGUAUUGGCAGUUUAAAUACAAAGUAUAUUAGUAAGGAAAGAUCAAUAGAAAGUGAAGUACAAUUACUUCAUGAAUACGAUAAAAAACCAAUACUAGAUUUAGAUUUUCUUUAUCCUAGAACUUUAUAUUAUCGAAAUAAAGGAAGAUCUAAAAGAAAAUUGGCAAGUAAAGAGAUGAAUGUAAAAGAAUUUGAGAUAUUUAAAAAUGUUCAAGAUCAUCAGAAAUAUUCAACUUCAGAUAUGAAAUAUUAUAAUACAAAAUUAAGCAAUAUUCCAUCAACUGAAAAUAAAAAGUUAAAAAAAGUAUAUGGUUAUGAUCGUAGCACGUUUCUUACUAAUGACAAAUUGUUAGAGAGAAACAAUAACUUGGCUAGAAAUAAUAUUACUGAAUCUAGUAAUGAUGACAUAGAAUUUUUAGGGACAGCUGAGAUUGAAGCCGUUCUUAAUGAAGUGAAACACAGAGAAAUACAAAUGAUGACACUAAAUGAACCAUCAGUAUCAGAUUUAAUUAGCAGUACCGUUACAGAAACAACAUUUAGUUCAAACGUCUUUUUAAGAAAACCAAAAUUGUUUACAGAUUUCUCAUUCAGUACCUUUUUACCAUUUGAAAAUAAUAAUAACAUUAGUGAAUAUAUUUUUGAAGCUAAUACUGCGGAUAAUGACAAAAUACAGCAUAAUAUUAAUGUGAGAUCCAUAAAAGAAGAUUCAUUUACCUUAGCAAACAAUAUUGAAAAUGUGUUACAAAAAAAGUGCAAACAUAAAGAAAUAAACAAGACAAAAGUUACCGUUGAAAACGAGCUUGAUAAGCUACGUGAUAAAACACCUGGAGUUACUAAUUCAACGCAAAUUAAUGCAACGUCAAAUUUACCUGAAACAAAUUCAAUAUUAAAAUCUUCUUUAAGAGAAAAGCAUCAUAGUAAGAGAAAUAGAACGCAGAAAAAUAGCAUCUCUACUACUUUAUCAUCACAUUCAAUACCUAUAAUUGGUGAUGAUUACUCAAUGCUUUCAGUAUUUGAACUACUCCUAACCAAAAGUCACGAAAACAAUGUGAUGAAUAUGUUAUAUACAAAGAGCCUUCCAGCGAAACGAAAAAUAAACCCAGAAGAAAAUACUAUAUUUGAUGAUCUAAAUAAUCGGUAUAAUGUUACUGACAAUUCAAGUUAUAAAGCUAUAAGUGACAAAAUAGCAUAUAAUGAUUAUGUAAAUGGUUAUAAAUACUACUUAAAUUAUCAAAAGAAUUAUGAUGAUAAAAAGUAUUCUAAUCUUGUUCGAUAUCAAGCUCAUAAACAUCAUAAAGUAGAUGACAUAGGAAAAUUUAUUCUUAAUAAAAUUCCGCAUUUACCCACAGCAAGACUAAAAAGAAAAUUCGUUGAGUCAGAAACUUUAGAUGAUCAAGAAAUUUCAACUAAAAGUGAAGAUUCUUGGUUUAAAAAGCAUUUUUUUAUAUUUUUGGAUAAAGAUCCUCCACGAAAAUUUCAUACAUCACAAACAGUAGCAUUCAAAGAAUCAAAACUGCUGGUAAGUGCUGCUGGUAUUGACCACUGUAAACAAGAAAAUUUUACAACGUCUAAAAUAAACUCUUUUUCACAACAACGUAUUCCAAAAGAUAUUUUGUUAAAUGAUUUUGAUUUGGAUUCUAAACACAUAACGAGCGACAAAUUGUUGCAAGCUGAUAAUAAACCAGAACACACAUAUAGUCCUCCUGAACAGUAUUUUAAUACUCCAAUUCCUAUGCAAGUAGACGAAUUCGAUAAAUUUUUAAAGAAACAUGAUAUUGAUGUGGCAUCCGUUAUGGCUCCUUUGAGUAUCCCAGUUCCUCAAAGCAUUCAGAGGAAAAAGUAUGACAAGCGAGCUCUUCAAGACUCUCCAACUUUUACGGCUAAAGAUGUUGCUGCCCUAGAAGUCGUAGUUGAUUUAUUAAAAAGUACUCAAGGAAUGGAAGAUAAAGAAACGACUAUACUAGAAUCGAAUCGCAAUAAGAAUAUGACAUUUACGCCUUUACUUGAAAAAAAUAAUCAGUUAAAUUCAAUUCAAGUUCACAUUGCUAUUCCAUCAGCAAUACAUGAUAAGAGAAGAUCUUUAGAGUCUGUUAACGUUCGUAAAGUCUUUACGGCUAUAAUGUCAACUCCGGUAGAUUUAGAAUAUCAAAUACAUUCAUUCGAUGAAACUACCAACACACCGACUACAGUCCAGCAAAGUAUUCUGUCUCCAGGCUUAUAUUUACUGGUUGAAAAUACGAACAUUACUUAUCCUAAAAGCAAUUUUGCGUUAAAACCUAUGAAUAUGCUGGAAACAUCAAAUUUAAAAAUAAGACAUGUAACAGUAUCAACUGUUUCAAAAAAAUCAGAACCAGCGAGUGACACUAAAAUAAUUUCCUCAAGUAAUAAAGUAGUACAGAAUUUAACCUCUAAUAAUGAAAUAAUAUGCAAGCGUAACGUACAUAAAACAAAAGAACGUGAUAGGACGACAAAUAUUGUACGCAAUAAAAAAAGAAAUGUUAAUUUUGAUGGAGUUAAGAGAUUUUUUGGACAUGAAAGGGUUUGUCAUUGUCAUUGUAAAGCUAACAGAACUAUGUGUAGGACUUGUGCUGAAAGCGAUAAAGUUAUAUCUGAACUGAUGUUUGAGUUUGAUAAUUUAGAAAAAUACGUGAUUGAUCAUUGUACAGAAAUACAAACAUUCUUCUGGAUGAAUCCAACUGAUGGGAAAAAACUAAGAAAUGUAAUUCAUCGAAUUGAUAAAGUUUUAAAUGAUUAUUAUAAAAGAGUUAAAGGGAAAUGUCAAGGCCGAACUUGUCAAAUGAUAUCAUCAAAUAUUGAUAAACGGAGUUUUAAUGUCGAUGAAACUGACAGUCUGCUAGCAAAAGAAAAAUCUGUUCUAUUGGACAGUUUGCAGAAUAUAUCUAAACAUACCCAUAAAAAAAAUAAUUCACUACCCGUUAGAAAAUAUUUAAAUACAUUAAAUAACUAUUUAACAAAAGAAAUUUACAAAAGAUCUUAUUUAAACGAUGACAAGGUACCAAUGAAAAGUAUAUAUUCGCUUAACAAUAUAAAAAUAAACCUAAUAUGCGAUACAGAUACAUCAAAAAUCACACCUUAUUCUUUGAAAAAUAAUGUGAAUGAAACGAAUACUUUUCCUACAUUGUGUGACAUUAAUGACGUUAAAGACAAGAAUAAAAAGGGUUUCAUAAAUUUUUUAAAAAUGUGGUCUAAGCGAAAAAAAGGCAAGACGACGUCGUUUUACUACGAUAUGUAUAAAAGUAAAAACAGCAAAACAUUGAAAUUUAAUAACAAAAAACGAUUGGCAACUGAAAACAAAAUUAAUUUAUAUUCUUCUUUAAAUUGUGUUCAUGAUAGCAACAAUAAUAAACACGAAGGCAAUUUAAAUAGUGAACACGAAUACUCAAUAAAAACAAAUUAUGCAAAAAGAAAUAUUAUGAGUUCAAAGAAAGGCAAUAUUCUAUCUAUAACUCAACAACUAACUAGCGAAGGGGAUAGUAAUGAAAAAAAAUAUCGCUCGAACAAAACAAGUACAACAACAAUGAAAAAACGUUUUUCAGAUGUGGACAAUGAUAAAAAAAUAUAUAAUAAAAGCGAUUUAAGCAAUACUCUUCAAAAUAUAAACAAACUUUUAAAUUCACUUUCUUUUAACAACAAAGGAAAGCGAAAUAAAUUUGUAAAGACUACGACUUCAUAUAAUAUUUCAAAUUCGAUUCUACCAAAACAAAUUAAAAAUAAUAAAAAAUGUUUAAUGAAUGAAGUUAAACAUGAGUUAAACAAAUUUAAUGAUGAUACAACAAAAUCUACCUCUACAGCGGCAAAAAAAUUGCUACAGAAGACGAUCACUCUACGAACUAAGAAUCUAAUCAAGAACAACAAUCCAAACAUAAAAGUUUCAAUUACGAGGUAA